CACCCCUAAAAGAAAAAUUCUUCAGUCCAGUUUUGUCACUCUCAUAUUUCCCUUUCCCUCCCUAAAUCUUUCCCCCCGUCUUUCAACAAAAUCACAAGUCACUGAAUUAGGGUUUGUCAAAAUUAGGGUUUUUUCCCUCUAAAUUAUCAAUGAACAGACACAGGGGAGGAGAACGCUACAGCGACAGCGACAACGACAACGACAACUACAGCUACAACACCAGCAGCUAUAACAACACCAUCGACAACCAAGAUUCCUCUUACCCUAACCGCCGUCCCUCCCGCUUCUCCGACGCCCCUUCCCGCUUCUCCGACAAUCCUAUAAACCGCUAUUCUGAUAACGACAACAGCAACAAUUACAGCAAUUACAAUCGCCGUAGCCCUAAUAAUUACCAAGGCGGUGGAGGGGGAAGGCGCUCGUUUGAUAGUCCUCCGGGUGGUGGUGUAGGUGGAGAUGGUGGAUUCCGGCCCAUGGGUGGUGGUGGUGAUGGGGGGUUUAGGCCGAUGGGGGGUGCAGGUGGGGGGUUUGUGCCUAAUUAUCAAUUGCCGCCUCCGAUGUCCCUGCCACCUCAGAAUAUUUCCGGGCGCAAACGAGGGUUUCACGGAAGCUCGCCUGAUAGGUUUGAUGGUGGUGGUGGUCGUAGUGGUUUUGCUUUUGCAAAGCUCUUUGUGGGUUCUGUUCCAAGGACAGCAACUGAAAUGGAUAUUCGCCCCUUGUUUGAAGAACAUGGAAACGUGAUAGAAGUUGCAUUGAUCAAAGACAAGAGAACAGGACAGCAACAAGGCUGUUGUUUUAUAAAAUAUGCAACCUCAGAAGAAGCUGAUAGGGCCAUCAGAGCUUUGCACAAUCAACGAACUCUGCCUGGGGGUGUGGGUCCUAUCCAAGUUAGAUAUGCUGAUGGAGAACGAGAGCGCCUUGGUGCAGUUGAGUACAAGUUGUUUGUUGGUUCACUGAACAAACAGGCUACAGAAAAGGAAGUUGAGGAAAUUUUUACACCAUAUGGUCGGGUUGAAGAUGUUUACCUUAUGCGUGAUGAAAUGAAGCAGAGUCGUGGUUGUGGUUUUGUUAAAUACUCCCAUAGAGACAUGGCAUUGGCAGCUAUUAAUGGUCUUAACGGAAUAUAUACAAUGAGAGGUUGUGAGCAACCAUUAACUGUCCGGUUUGCAGAUCCUAAGAGGCCCAGGCCCGGAGGAGACUCAAGAGGUGGUCCUGCAUUUGGUAGUCCAGGUGUCGGCCCAAGAUUUCAAGCUUCAGGGCUUAGACCACCACCAAAUUUAGGGGAUCCUAUGGGUGACCAUAUUCCGCCUAAUGCUUGGCUUCCAAUGAGUCCCCAGAAUAUGGGUCCUUCCUCCAAUGCUGGUGUUCAUGGUUUUGGGAAUCAGUUGCCUCCUAGGUCUGGUGACUUAGCAAUGCCUUUAAACCAGACUGUUAACCAGUCGCUGCAGCAUCUCCCCCCUGCUAGCCAGCAAAUAUCACCUCUGCAGAAACCACUUCAAUCGCCUCAGCACUUGCCACCUUCCCUUCAACUACAUGCUCAAGCUGCAUCUUCCUAUCCUCAGACACAGACUUCUCAUGUCAGUCAGCUACAGAGUUCGCUUACUACUGGUCAAACACCCUUCAGUCAAGCACUGCCAUCACAGCAUAUGAUUGGCUUUGGAAGACAGUUGCCUACUUCUCAAACUGAGAUCCAGCAGGGCAUCUCAUCAAAUGUAGCACUACAAGCCCCCCACCCCAUGUCUGUAGCAAUAAAUCAACAGCAAUUGCCUGCACCUAUUCAGCAGCAACUACUUCAGCCUCUCCAGCAGUCCCCUUCUCAGUUAGCUCAGAUGCUGUCACAACAGACUCAAACCCUGCAAGCAAGCUUUCAGUCAUCUCAACAGGCUUUUUCCCAGCUGCAGCAACAGUUGCAGAUGAUGCAACCAUCAAACCAGAGCACACUGCAACAGAGUCCCCAGGCUCCAAAACAGCAGUGGCCUCCACAAGCAGUUGCCAGCACUCCACUUCCUGUAGAUUUGCCUCCAUCUACUUCUGCUCCUACUGCAGGUGUUUUGAGUCAGACUGUUGCUCCUUUAAAAUGUAAUUGGACUGAGCAUACAUCCCCUGAGGGAUUCAAGUACUAUUAUAACGGUGUAACUCAUGAAAGCCGAUGGGAGAAGCCUGAAGAAUUGAAAUUAUUCGAGCAACAGCAGCAACUGCACCAAAAACCUCCAGUUCAACUGCCUCAACCACAGACAAAUCCCCAAGUUUUGCCCACCCAGCAAGUGCCACAAACCCAACAGGUGCAUCUUCAAACACAGUUUCGCCACCAGCAACAGCAGCCACAGCCUUCCUUUUCUUCUAUGGAACAUGGUUAUACACAAUUACCUGCAGCAGCUAGUUCAGUCAACGAUUCGACACGCUUCCAGGGGCGUCCAGUUGCUCAGGAUUGGAUGUGGAGGAAUAAGCCAGCAGGAACUUGAAGAGAGGAAUAUGAGGCAGCACAUGGGCAAAGUUACAGCUACUUGAAAUGCCAAGUGAGAGCACUGGCAAUCCGACAGGAGCGGCACCAACUGCUAUGAGCUUUAAAUGCUAAAUGAGAUGUUUAUUGAACAGUUUUUCCAGCUUAAUCUUUACUAGCUGUGGCGAUGUACUGUUCAACAGUUGCUGUAUGCAAAUGCGUAUGUGCCAUCAGUGCACGGGGUAAUGACUUGCAUAUAACAUAUCAGUUGCUACCUAUGAUCCAAUAUUCACUUGUAACCACAUGAACCCCAUAUUUGGCCCCACUUGAGGAUCCGAGAUGGCAAGUGAUGCUGAUGAAUAAUAAUAGUACUAUUCACUAGGCGUUGUACU